AUGGCCGACGAUACCCCUGUCGCAGCGCCCGCGACCGAGGCUGGUGAGCAGCCUGAGCAAGCUUCGUCUGAGAAGCCCACUGAGAAGGAGCCCGAGAACGUGACUGUGCCAGAAGACAAGGCCGCUGAAGCUGCCAAUGUCCCCGAAAAGAAGGAGUCUGAAGCUCCAGCUGAAAAGCCCACUGAAUUUGAGAGUAAGGGCAAGGAUGAAGAUGCAGCUGCCCCUGGGGAUACUGGGGCUGGUGCGGCCUCGGAGGCGAACGGAACCUCUGCGAAAAAGUCUUCCAAGGAUCGCCGCCGGUCAAGCGGCGUUGGUGAAAACAAGUCUAAGUUGAGCCGCAAGAAGUCGCAGAGUCGUAUUACCCACCUCAACGCGAAGCCUGGCGAGUACUAUCUUGCGCGCCUUCGCAGCUAUGCGCCGUGGCCUUCCAUCAUCUGCGAUGAGGAGAUGCUGCCACAGACGCUGCUGGAGACCCGUCCGGUUACUGCCAUGCAGCCGGAUGGAUCAUACAAGGGGGAGUAUGUCGAGGGUGGCAAGCGAGUCCAUGAGAGGACGUUCCCCGUCAUGUUCUUCCAGACCAAUGAAUUCGCGUGGAUCCCCAACAUGCAGCUGACCCCCCUCGACCCCGCUGAAUGCAAAGAUGUCCCCGAAAAGAACAAGACCAAGUCGCUGAUUGGUGCCUACAAGGUUGCUGCAGAAGGCAAAGAUCUGCAACACUUCAAGGGUCUUCUGUCUGAACACCAAGCAGCUUUGCAGCACGAAAUUGAGCAGCGCGAGGCUGAGGAGGCUCAGAAGGCUGCAGUCAAGGCCGAGAAAGACGACAAGAAGGGCAAGCGCAAGAGCAAGGGCGCCGACACCGACGUUGACAUGGAGGAUGCCGACGAUGGCAAGAAGUCCAAGAGCUCGAAGAAGCGCAAGAAGGAUGCCGAAACGGACGGCGAAGCUGACAAGCCCUCCAAAACUCCCAAGACUGCUACCAAGCUGAAAUUGACCACCCCGAAGGCUCCCGCCGAUGAAAGCGGAAAGAAGACCCCCGCCAGUAAGAACAAAAAAGCUCCUGCAAAGAAGGGCAAGGCCGCCGCCAGUGACGAGGAAGACGCCGGGGCAGGGGCUAAGCAGCCGGGAAAGCAAGCUGACCCGGAAGAAGUCAAACACAAGAAGGAGAAAGAGAUUUUGUUCCUUCGCCACAAGCUCCAGAAAGGGUUCAUCUCCCGCGAUCAACCUCCCAAGGAAGAUGAGAUGGCCACCAUGGCCUCCUAUUUCGAUAAGCUCGAGAAGCAUGCCGAUCUGGAGGUUGCCAUUAUUCGCAACACCAAGAUUAACAAGGUCCUGAAAAUGAUCGUCAAGCUCAGCUCCGUUCCCCGCGAUGAGGAGUUCAAUUUCCGACACCGCGCCAUGAACAUCCUGUCCAACUGGAAAAGUGUAUUGGAUGGGGACACUCCGGCAGCAUCAGGCGACAAGGAGGCUAAGCCCACGGUGAACGGGGCUUCCAAGGAAGAGGGAGCGGACACGCCUAAGCUGGAAACCGAAGAGGAGAAGGAGCCCGAGACCAAGCUCAAGGACGAAGCUGACACUCCCAUGCCUGAUGCCGAUGCCGACAAGGCGCCCGCUGCUGAAGAAUCCAGCAAGACAGCCCGGGAGAGCACAGAGGAUGACAAGACCGCGGAGCAGCCUGCAGAGGAGAAGGCUGUCGAAGCUGCCGCAUAA